AUGAGAAAAAAAGUACACGCCAAGCAGGUGCUAGGCUCAGAAGCUGAACAGAAGCGCUCAACGACAGCGACCAAGCGUCGCGAAGCACAGCACGGCUCCAACUCGUGGGUCCCGCACCGUGCUCGUCGCGAUGGAAAUAGGAAGCGCUUUCGUCCGGCUGCUCAGCAUGCAUUGGAUCCAACCGGCUCAAAGGUCGAGUCUGAUCCGCCCUGGAUUGGGCAGAGCGCGGCGGAGCUGCGGCUCAAACACCCUCUGCUCAGUGGCUCGCGGCCGAGGACGCUGACGCUUGAAACCCUGACAGAAACCGGCAAAACCUCUCUUUCAGAGCCUUCCCAAGCUGACGCUGUGAUAGAUGAUCUGAGCGUGCUCGACCUCUCCACAGGUAGUCGUUGCGCGUGCGUCCAUACUGUGUCUAUUCCAGCGUCACUCUCUGAAUAUGAUUCUUCUAAGCUGUCUGUUUGGCCACCGAAAGGACGCCCCCCAGCGAAAGAAUUCCCGUUUGCUUUAGACUUGUUCCAGAUUGAAGCUUGCAAAUGCUUGGAAGCGGGAGAAUCUGUCAUGGUUGCAGCGCAUACCUCAGCCGGAAAGACUGCCAUUGCAGAAUACGCUAUUGCGCUCUCGCUUCGUGAGCAUCGUCGGGUCAUCUAUACCUCGCCAAUUAAGGCUCUAAGCAACCAGAAAUAUCGAGAAUUUCAAAGCGAAUUCAAUGAUGUUGGUCUCAUUACGGGUGAUGUGACGCUGAACCCAAAUGCGAGCUGUUUGAUCAUGACCACUGAGAUUUUGCGAUCCAUGUUGUACAGGGGCUCCGAUGUUGUUCGAGAGGCCGCUUGGGUCAUCUUCGACGAAGUUCAUUACAUGCGCGAUCGUGAGCGUGGCGUCGUCUGGGAGGAGAGCAUUAUUCUGCUUCCAGACAGUGUUCGCUUCGUCUUCCUUUCGGCAACAAUUCCGAACGCCGAAGAAUUUGCCGAAUGGAUUGUGGCACUCCAUCAAGCCCCCUGUCAUACAGUUUAUACCGAAAAACGACCCGUGCCGCUUCGCCAUUUCGCGCUUUCCAAUCAGGAAGACCGACUCGUUUUGUUAAAAGACGAGGGCGGCAGAUUCUAUCGCAAAAAUUUCGAACGAAUCCGGAAGGAUUUAAGGAUUGAUCGAUUUCGCGGACCGAGCAGAGGCCGCACCCUCUCGAAUGCGGAGUUUCGGAAAAUCAUUCGGUUUGCAAUCGAUCAGGACUUGCAGCCAAUGAUUGUUUUCUCGUUCAGCCGCAAGGAUUGUGAAGCUCUGGCGCGCUGCAUCUCUGGAAUGGACCUGAAUGGCGAGGAAGAGAAAGCACUCGUCGAAAACGUCUACCAGAAUGCAAUGGCGACGUUGAACUCGCAAGACCAACAGCUGGACCAGAUCGGCACGAUGCUCGAAAUGCUGAAACGAGGCGUUGGUGUUCAUCAUUCAGGUUUGUUUCCCAUUGUUAAGGAAAUCGUCGAGAUUCUGUUUCAGGAGGGUCUCGUGAAAGUUCUGUUGGCUACAGAAACAUUUUCCCUGGGACUGAACAUGCCUGCGCGGAUGGUUUUCUUCACUGCGUUGAAAAAGUUCGACGGGCGCAAUGUGCGGUACAUCACGAGUGGCGAGUACAUCCAAAUGUCCGGCCGUGCUGGGCGCAGAGGUCUGGAUGAGCGGGGCAUUGUGAUUCUGAGACUGGAAGAUGACACCAACGAGGAUUGCCUGCGUCGAAUCCUCUCUGGUCGUCCGGACGAGUUGACCAGCGCUUUCCGCCUUGGCUACAAUAUGCUACUGAAUUUACAACGGUCAGAGGAGUCUCGUCCGGAGCAAAUUAUGGUCCGGUCCUUCGCCCAAUUUCAGGCAGUGAAACGGGCGGAAAACGCGGUUGCGGAAUUGGAAAACCUAGAGGCCGAAAUGAAGCAAAUGCACUUUACACACGAAGAAGAAGAGGUGGAGCAAUUCUACAAAUUGAAUCAGAGAUUAGCUGAAAUAGACCGGAACAUAUCACGCUACUACCGGUGCGAGAAUGUUGACUUAUUUUUGAAGAAUGGUCGGCUUCUGAAACUACGGGAUGACCAGCACUGGUCCGUCGUUAUGGAUCCAAAAUGCUGCGGCCUUCCGAAUAAGACACACGGAUUUUCCGUAUUCCGAAGAAAAGUCGACGGUGUAUGGCGUCUACAAAACUUGCAACGCUCACUGAUCCAGUUGAUAUCGGCGGUUUGCAUCGAAAUGCCCGAAACAGUCGAUACAGAAAUGAGUCGCUCCAUCAUCAGCGAACGCGUGCAGUCGGCAGAGCGCCAUUACGCCUCGGUUGGCGGCGGCUUGCCGCUCUUGGACCCGAUUUACGACUUUGGCAUUCGGGAAAAAAGUUUGCGUGCGUUGAUGCACGAACGCCGAUGCUUAGUGCAGGAAAUGCGCAAGUGCGCUGCAUCGAAACCCGAGUUACAUGAGGAUAUCAAACUCUAUGGGCUGCGUCUCCAACUUGCUCCACAAGCGGAGAAAAUCCAGAGGGACUUACGUGUCAGAAGUCAUCUUAUUCAUGCUGCCGAGCUCGAAGCGAUGAAUCGGGUUCUUCACGCGCUCGGUUACCUCGACGAAAACAAACAGCUCUCUCCCAAGGGCCGCGUAUGCUGCGAGAUCAGCGCAGCAAACGAACUCAUCUUGACUGAAUGCAUCUUCGAAGGCAUCCUCAGGGACAUGCCAGAGCCCCUGAUACCGGCCAUUCUGAGCGGUUUUGUGCUGGAUGAGAAAGCCAAAGACAGCCAAAUGGCUGUAGCAGAAGAUGCGGAUAUCAGAGAACAUUUGCAAAAGGUACAGCAGGAUAUUCACCGCGUCGUGGGCCGUAUUGCCCGAGUCCAAAGAGACGCCGGUCUGCGAUGGGAAUACGUUUGUGAGGAACCAAACUGGGACCCCAACAUCAUUUCCGCUAUUCAUGCGUGGUGCAAAGGCCAGCCAUUCUCUGAAGCCUUGAAACUUGCGAAAGUUUUUGAGGGAAGUCUCAUACGCUGCAUGCGCCGGGUCGAUGAGGUCCUCCAGCAGCUUCGUAACGCGGUUGAUUCAGUAGGCGACGCAGCUCUGAGUGCCAAGUUUGCCCAGAGCAGUGCACUACUUCAUCGAGAUAUAGUUUUCGCUGCGUCUCUAUACUUGUAA